AUGUCUGAAGAUUUACAAUGGAUAAAGAAUAAAAAGAAUAACGACACUAGUAAUACUAAUAAUAAUAAUGGUAGUAACAACAAGGUUUAUUAUCGUCAAUCUCGUCUUUAUGAACAGUCAGAUUAUCAGAUACCAAUCAAUAAUGAUGACACCUCAAAGAAUACAUUACCAACAACUUCAACAUUUGCUGUUAAUCAUACCAAUGUAAAUGAUUACCCUUCCAUCGAAGAAUAUGAUCAACAACAUGUUACAGAUACAACUGUUUCAAAACAACAAAAACAACAACAUCCUCCUUCUCCUUCUCCUUUUGCAACACCAAACCAUACUUUUAAAUCUUUUACAUUUGAUGAUAAACCCUCCUCAGUAACAGCAGAAGGAAACUAUUCAGAUCGAUAUCAUCAACAUCCUCCUCCUCCUCCUCCUCUUACUCCAACCGCCUCCAAAAAUGACUUUAAAUCAAAGAUAUUUGAAUGGUCAACAACUAGUACUCCCAACUCUCAAACAAAUGUUUUCUCCACUCCUUCCAAACAACAACAACAACAACCAUCUUCACCAUAUUCAACAAAAAAUGAAAUGUUAAGGAGUCUACUAAAUACACCAACAUCCAAUUCAAAGAUUGAAAAGGUAGAGACUAGUAAUAUUUGGGAAGAGUAUGAAAGAAAAAAGAGAGAGCAGACACCACAAACACCACCAUAUUAUGCGGCUGCUACAAACGACCCACACCAACAAACUACUCGUCAAAUGUUUGUUGGUCAGAUGUUGAUGGGAACACCUGCUCCAACUCCACCUCCCAAACCACAAUUAAAGGCCCCUUUUCGAUUCCAGAGACAAGACGAUGAACCAAUUGAAGAUGUUGAUUUUUCCUCCAUUAAAAAGAACCAACCCAAUAAUAAUCAAAACAACAAUCAUAAUAUCAAACUUUGUCACCAUCAUCAUCAACAACAACAACAACAACCAAUCCAACAACAACAACAAGAAUCAAAACAACAAUCAUAUGAAAAGAAAAGAAAAGAAUGGUCAAGUAGUAAUUUUGAAGAUGAAAAUCUGCAAGUUGACGAAAUCGUAGAGGAUACAGUUCCUCCUCCAAUCUCUAGUAAUUUAAAUCGAUCAUCGAUUGCAGAAACAACUAAAAAUCAGACAGCAACGACGCCAACAAAAUCACAUCAACUUAAAUUGGUUCGAUCAUCUUCAUCGUCUUUAUCCUCUUAUUCCAAUCUUAAAAGAAACAACAGCUUUCAAAAAGAUAGGGAAUCAUUUGGUGGACUAUUGAAAGAUCAUGUUAAUAAUAAUAGUGGUGGUGGUGGUGGGACUCAUCACAGCAAAUCAAUUAAUCCUUCUCAACAAUUUAAUAUAACAUCAAGUCAACAAAGUAUUCAAAGUCAAAUUAGUUCAACUACAAGUCACAAAUCGGCAUUUGUCAAAAGUAGUAGUAAUUUAAUCAUUCACGACGAACAAGAAGAUCAAUAUGGCGACGAUAACGAUAUAAUAUCUUCAACAAUUAUUCCACCACCACCACCAAAUAUUUCUCAACCAUUAAAACAAACAUCACCAAUUAUUGAAACAACCAUAAAUUCUCCAUCUCAAAAUUUUAACAUCAGAACACACAUUGAAAGCUUUUACAAAGAUCUACAACCAGAGGAAAUUCAAAGUUCUCAGCCUCCUUCCUCUGAAGAAAUGACAAAUGAUGCGCAACUAUCCCCUACUCCACCCAAAGUAGAAUUAUUUUAUAAUAGAGAAAAAUUUCUAACACUCGAGUCAAUGAAAAAAAUGAAACAAGAAAACUAUGAAGAAAUUGAUGAGGCUAAUAAUGAGGAUCAUGACGACGAUCUGUUUGAAAAUCGAAAUCUUUUUGAAACCUUUAAAAAGUCAGAAGCAGAGGAUGGGACAAACUUUUCAAGACAACAACCAUCAUCAUCUCUACAACAAAGAACUGGCGAUACUCAAAACUUUAAGAGUAUGUUGGUAAAUGCUACACCUAUGGAUCAUUCGUCAAAGAAAGCUGCACCCUCUUCAAAAUCAAUGAAUCGUUAUGAAAAACUAGGCGGUUUGUCUGGUCGGCUAUCAACACUUUUGAAAAAACAAAAUUUUAACUGUGACUGGAUUUCUCAACGAUCUGUCAUGCCAACACAAAUCCCCCCAACUUCAAACAAUAUCUACAAUCAUACAAUCUUGGAAUUAAAAUCACAUUUUGCAUUAGAGUUGAACAUAGUGGUGGCAGAAUUACCUUCACUCAUCCAACCCCAUGUAUUUGUAACAACUUGUCGAGUAAUCUCCAACGUCGGGGGUGCAUCUGAAAAUGACGACAGUCAUUUACUGCCAGCAGAUGACUCACUUAUCACUGUAAUAUUCAACAUGCAACAAAAAGAUGAUUGGGAAAUCCAAGUUGGAACACAUAUAUGCUUGGAAUAUUGGCACAUGUUUCAUAGCACCACCAAAUCCAAACCCACCAUACUAUGUUUGACUGGUAAACUUUUAACAAAAGCAGACCAAUUGGAAGAAGAUCUUCUUGAUGUUGUUCAAGAACAAUUUGAUAUCAUAUCAAUCAAAGACGAAAAAAAUGAAAACAUUUUAAACAAUCACUUGUCCUCUGACCCAAGUCUGAAAGAGGAACAACAAGAGACCAAAAAUAUUUUUGAAGAAUAUAUUUUUUCGGACCUUGCAAGGGUACACCAAAAUCUUUUGGACAUUCAUUUAUCGGUGAUUAUUCUCCGAUUUGAUCGAUUAAAAAAGAAACAAACAAAUCAAGAAUACAUUAGAAUUAUUGUAAAAAACAAUGGAACCAUUGGAGAGAUUCAAAUUCCAUUGACUUUGGACAAACAAUUGGAUAAAUGGAUACAUCUAGUCGAGUGUGGUCAAAAUCCUCCCUUUCAAUGUUUCUUUAUGGGUCUAACCUUUCUCCAAUGCAAGAGAAUAGAAUGUUCCUCUCCCGAGGGGUCCAUCAUACUUUCUCACAUACAACCAACCCUCAGACCUCCAUCCAAAACCUUUUCACUCGUCGUUUUACAAGCCAAUUCAGAUACCCGAUUUAUCGUCAAGGAGAGAUCAAACCAAGCACAAGACUCAUUACUAUAUUGCUCUCCCAUUCAACAUGUUUACUCGGUUCCUUCUCUGCUCAACAGCGAUAUUAAAUCAAUGGUUGGUCAAAGAAUAUCCAUUCAAGGAACCAUAUCACAUAUACACCCAUCACAAUUUACAAAUACACCAAUUAACCAACAAGCCAAUACUUUAUUUUCAACUCUCACUCUAUUUUUAUAUGACAACAACCAUCAACAGCAGUUAUCUAUCAAUUCUCUAUCAAUUACACUUUGCAAACAAUUUUGUGAAACUUAUUAUUAUCGAAACAAACAAAAUUCACCUCUACAAAAGCAACAACCUCAACAACCAUCAUUAUUUGUAAUAGGCCAAACCAUUUUGUUUAGAGAUGUUUUUCUAUUGCCACCUUCCUCUACAAGAUCCUAUCCACUUUUACUCACUGAUAUUUAUACAAGUGUAGGACCUGUCUACCAUCAAGAAAAUGUUGACCUCGACCUCUCAGCCACUCAAUCAAUACCCAUCGAUGACUUUGUUACAUUAGUUGAAAAUGAUGGAUUAGAGAUGAUGUCAUCCUAUCAAUGCUUGGUCAGUGCUCAACGAGCCGAGAUUAUAGAAAUUACCAAAGAGUUUAUAUAUCGAGGAUGCACUAAUUGUUUUGCAUCCGUCAGACCCUAUCCCAAUCGUGCCACCAUCUGUAUGGGCUAUUCAAAAGAACCAUUCUUUUGUCCAAAGUGUCGCAUACUCGUCGAUAGUUCCUUGAUGGCAGAAUUAAAUCUUCUUAUCAAACUUUCAAAUGGAUUCCAAGUGGUUGUAAAGAUUGGACACCCCUAUUCAGCACAACUAUUCCCUGGCCCUAUUACCUACCAAAAUAGAUUAGAAUGCGAAGACUAUAUUAAUAAUAUCAACAACCAUCCUUGUCGAUCACUGAUUAAUAUUCAUGGAGGCAUUUUAUAUUCUUUAUUCAACAACCAAAUCAUCGAUGAUGUCCAAGACAAAUUCAUUGAUCGAUUUGAAAUUGAAACUAUAUCAACACCCGAUAUAUUUACUCUUAAUGAAUAA